CGAGCCGCCAGCCUCACCCCGAUGGCCGCCGGCGACUUGUGCCGCUUGCCGUUUAGGAACCGGCGGUGGGUGCUGCCCCUCGCUCCAGCGACACCCUUGCCUCCGUCGAUGAAAACAUCAGCAAUUCGUCCCUCCACGGAGGGAAGGUCCGUUAUAUUUUUCCAAAAUGCAGAGAUAAAUUCUGAUUCUUCGUUCACUGCGGAGAGAAAUAUUUUAAUUUUCAACUUCUUCUAUGUGCGCGCUUCCUGCGCUUAUGGUCCCGACAGCACUGGGUAGCCACACUAGUGUGUAUUAUGUCUAUUUGCUUUCGAUUCGUUUGGCAUAAUCGUACAGAUCAAGAAUGACGGGGCAAAAUGCUACGGGAUUUCUUGCUCUGCUGGUACAUGGGGCAAAGCUAUCCACGCCGGCCACAAGCAAAGAUAAUCGAAUAUUUCAUCGGUAUUCUUCCCCCAAUUGGACCAGCUCCUUUGAUUUAGCUUUAAUUAACUUUGAUGAAAGACAGGAAAGCAUCAUGGCCUGCGCUUCUGCCUGCCGUAUGAAGACCGAAAGGAACAAUGCAAGCUUCUUGAUUAAUGAACAGAGUAAUCUUUGUGUAGCAGUACAGAUCAAGAUUGGCAGGCGAGAUGCUACAGUGCGGGAGUACCCGUCUUUGGCAUCUAUCGUUUGAGUGUGGCUGAAUGUGGCAUAGGCGCGCAUAGCAGCACAAAGAAAUAGUUGCCUUCAGAAUCUAUCCAUUGAGUUUGCUAGCAAGCAAAGAGGAAAUGCAUCUUUGUUCUUCUCGUCGCCUCUAAGCAGAGGAUAAGAAUGGAUUCAACCCUCACUUGCAAACCAAAGUACGCUCGAUCAUCGACGACAGCAAGGAAGAUGGAGAAGCAGGUCAUCAGUACUGCUGGCAACAAGGUUAAACUGACAACCAUAUCAAAAUCACCCAAGCUCCCAACCGGGAAGCAAGGAGACACCCUUCCAUUGCUGGUGCGGGUUGAGGCGCCACGAGCCGCCAAGAAGCAUAUUCCAGUGGACCUUGUUGCUUUGCUUGAUGUGAGUGGUAGCAUGAACACUGAAGUGGCUCCUGGGACUACUAGGUUGGAUCUAGUAAAGAAGGCGAUGCAGUUUGUCAUCAAACAUCUUCAUGCAGAUGAUGGACUCGCCAUUUUGGCCUUCAACGAAAAGAUUCUCACUCAUUACAGCACCGACUUGUUUAGAAUCUCUGGCCAACAGAUGUUUGCUCAAAACAAGGUGGACAAGAUCGUGGCUAAGGGCGACACUAACUUCAGUCCAGGAAUAGAGGAGGCCGUGAAGAUCCUCGAUGAACGCAGCAGCAGCGACAAGAACAGCCGUGUUGGGGUAGUCAUGCUGGUGACAGAUGGGGUGGACAGCAGAAAAGCAGCCAUGUACCCUAUCCCUCCGGAGAUCCUCAAGAAAUACCCGGUGCACACCUUCGGCAUCUGCGCGCAUGACCCCAACGUGCUCCUGUCAAUCGCCCAGCAGUCAUGUGGGACCUACUCCUUCGUCGACGACGACGAGCUCGGCAGUAUCGCGGACCCCUUCGCCAUCUUAUUAGGUGGGCUCAACUCCAUCGUCGCCGUUGAUGUGGUGGUCCAAUUAUUUUGCAGCUUCAGAACUAGUUUUAGGAGCUCGGUGAAGUUGAUCAGCUGUGGCUUCCAAAGCAGCGAGAUAGAAGUAUCUGCGCGUGAUGAUAACUGGUCCACUAUCAGGAUUGGCAUGCUCUACGCUGGUGAGGUGAAGAACUUCAUCGCGCACGUAGUGAUAGAUCCUGACACAUCAGCAGGCACCAGGUCUUGGGGACGGAUUUAUGUCUAUUACAAGGAUGCUCCAGUAGUCUCUUCAUUAAUUGAUGGUGAUGGCAAUGGUCGAGAACUAUCGACCGGAAAGCAAGCCGGGGAUUCUGGAGAUAACUCAAGCAAGGUCCGGGGGCAGGUUGUCCAAUUUAAUGCGUUGGAGUUUCUGUCCACUCUCCAGGAAGAGUUCAAGAAGCAGAUGAACACUGCAGGUGCCAAAGGAGCGAACGAGGCCCGCGCUGCACAGAUCCGUGCAGGUAAUUCCCUGGAGAAGAGGUGGGAGGAAUUCGUGAAAACGAUGGAUGAUGACUUGACUGAUGGCCUUGAUCUGGACGACCUGAAGACGGAGGUCGAGGAGAUGGUGAACCGCCUGAAGCAAGGCGCCGGGAUGGCCUACAUGUGCUCUUGGGUGUCCAGCCAACAGAUGCAGAGGGCCGCAACCCUGGGCUCGGCUGACGCUGUCGGGACCCAGUUCUUCACUUCCGCGAGGGACGCGAUGCUUUCUAAGGCAAAGAAAUAUCACGUUCAGUUAGCACCAGGGGGAGUGGGCGGCAGCAGCACACAGCCCAGCAAGCUCGAGCAGAGGAGGGAGUCUUGGGAGAAACUCAUGAAACAGGCUGAACAGAUGUUAAACCAGCCGGCCGAUGCGGCCCUCGCUCAAACCUGGAAUGAGCUGAAAGCGGCGAUCGAUAAAGCAAAGAGAAGUGACCUAUGUGAGGCCAUGAAGCGUGGGGAAUCUUAAACCUUGUGGCUUCAUUACAUUUGUCCUUUGGUAAUUUCGGAUCAACAGCAUGAUCAUCAGGUCGUUGGCUCUCCACAAAGAUAUAUAAUCAAUAAUGCUACUCUGCUAGCACUUGUCCUUUGGUUCCUUGGUUUUAUUAUACGUUCAUCCUUGGUUUUAUUAUAUGUUCACUAUGUAGAAAUACUCAUGUGGAGUCCAAUAAAAUUAGAUUUUCUAUUUUAUAAUAUUUU